AUGGGGGAUAUACAAGAAAGGCCAUUAGAUCUUUCGAAGAGAUCACGGCAACGGCGGUUGAGGUCGCCGGAGACAAAAAUCCAAGCAGUUAACAGAGUUCACAAUGGUGAAUCAAAGGCAGCAGUGGCACGUGACAUCGGUGUACCUGAAUCCACCCUUAGAGGGUGGUGCAAGUCUGAGCAAAAAUUACUCUCGCAAUUAAAUAACAUGAGAGCAUCGGGAGCAUCAAUGCCAGGAACAUCCUUGGAACAAAUUCUAACUACUUCUAGUGUUGAUAACAAUAGUGCAGUCGGUGGAUCAUCGUCGAGAUCAACACCUACAACUUCCCAAGCGAUGUUGGGAAUUCCAUCGACAUCUACAGCUACCGAGAGAGUUACUGAUGAAUUUGAAGCUGGACCGUCGCAAAAAAGAAGAAAAAUAGAGAACACUUCUGCUUCCAGUAGUACGAUGGUAAAUAAUAUGCCAUCAACAUCGGGUCGUCAACCGAUGAUCAACCAUGAUGCGAACAUAUAUAAUUCGUAUUUAUACCAUGCCAAUUUGCCUGAUACGACCAAGUCAAAUGUGCCAGCAGCCAUAUUAUCCACACUUGCGAAGAGUUCGGAAUAUUAUGCUUUUUCUGCAGCAUACAUGAAUUUUGUUGAAACUCUGGCUAGGACCAAUACGUCGUCAGCGUUGAUGAGGGGGCCACCCUGCGAGCGGGGUACUCGCGGCGCGACCUCUGCCUUCCAUGAUAGAGCGAGGCGAGGGGGAGGUGGUGUCUCCCUCUCGCCUGGUAGAGUAAAAGACUUUCCCCCUCCCCCCUAA